AUGGGUGAUCGAGGAGAAGAGUAUCUGUUCAAGAUUGUCCUGAUCGGCGACUCCGCGGUCGGGAAAUCGAACCUACUGUCUCGGUUUUCACGGGACGAGUUCGACACGAACUCGAAGGCGACAAUCGGAGUGGAGUUUCAGACGCAGCUGGUGGAGAUCGAAGGGAAAGAAGUGAAAGCACAGAUCUGGGACACUGCUGGUCAAGAGAGGUUUAGGGCAGUCACUUCUGCUUAUUACAGAGGUGCUUUCGGUGCCCUCGUCGUUUACGACAUCACCCGAAGCUCCACUUUCGAGAGCGUUAAGCGAUGGCUUCAAGAACUCAACACUCAUUGCGACACGGCAGUGGCACAGAUGCUAGUCGGGAACAAAUGCGAUUUGGAGGAUAUCAGAGCUGUGAGUGUGGAAGAAGGGAAAGCUCUCGCGGAGGAAGAAGGAAUGUUCUUCAUGGAGACAUCCGCUCUCGACUCCACAAACGUAGACAAAGCCUUUGAGGUUGUCAUCAGAGAGAUCUUCAGCAAUGUCAGCCGCAAACUUCUCAACUCCGAUGCUUACAAGGCCGAGCUUUCCGUUAACCGGGUCAGCCUUGUUAACAACAAGGAUGGUGCCGAGAGCUCUUGGCGUAACCCGUCUUGUUGCUCUCGAUGA